AUGGAUCACCAUAAAACUCAUUCUCUAUUCUAUUUUUCUCUCUUUCUUCUCUUCACUUUCACAAUUUCAGCUUUCGACCUUGCAACCAUACCCUUCAAUGAUGGCUAUUCUCCUCUCUUCGGAAAUGGCAACGUCGUUCGUUCCCUCGACGGUAACGCCGUUCAACUCCUCCUUGAUCGUUACACCGGUUCUGGUUUUAUUUCAUCCAAUAUGUAUCAAUAUGGAUUCUUCAGUGCUAAUAUAAAGCUUCCAUCGAAUAACACAGCUGGUAUUUGUGUUGCGUUUUAUACAUCAAACGGCGAUGUGUUCGAGAAAUCCCAUGAUGAAUUGGACUUUGAAUUCCUAGGUAACGUAGCUGGUAAACCAUGGCGGUUUCAAACAAAUUUGUAUGGAAAUGGAAGCACUCAUCGUGGUCGUGAAGAACGUUAUCGUCUUUGGUUUGAUCCAAGUAAAGGAUACCAUAGAUACAGUAUUCUAUGGACACAAAAAAACGUAAUAUUUUACAUUGAUGAAGUUCCAAUUAGAGAAGUGUUAAGAAGUGAAGAAAUGAGAGGUGAAUAUCCAUCUAAGCCAAUGUCACUCUAUGCAACCAUAUGGGAUGCAUCAAAUUGGGCUACAUCGGGUGGAAGAUACAAAGUGAACUAUAAAUAUGCUCCUUUUGGAGCUGAAUUUAAGGACCUAGUCCUCAAGGGUUGCACUACUGAUCCAGUUGAAGAAUUCUCCGACAUCGAGGGUUGCGCCGAUCAAAACGCCCAUCUUGAAGCCCAAGAUUACGCCAAGGUGACUCCUAUACGUAGUAUGAAAAUGCGGAGGUUUCGCCAACGUUUUAUGUACUACUCUUAUUGUUAUGAUACGAUUAGAUAUCCUAUUCCACCACCAGAGUGUCAUUUUAAUCUGGCGGAGAAACAAAGGUUUAGGGAGACUGGAAGGUUGAAAUUCGGUGGGAGUCAUCGCCGACUGUCUAGGCGGAGAGGCCGAAAUUCAACUCCCAUAGAGGACACAGAUCAGAGUGAUAUGUGA